GUCCUGACUUUGACGGGCGUGAUCUUACUCCAAUAAGAAUGAAGGGCUGAGUCCUGGGGAGCCAAUAGCAAAAAGCCGAGGGACGGUGGCGGCGGACUGUGAGAGGAAACAAGAAGGCAGGCCCAAGAUGGAGCCGGUGGUGGUGGUGGUGGUAGCGGUGUGACAGGAGUCCUAUGGCACCUGCCCAGUCCUACCUCAGCCCAUCUUGACAAAAGCAGGUUCCAUGGAACCACCACGAGGCCUUCCUGCUAGUGGGGCUGAGCCAUCUCGGGCAGUUGGCACUGUCAAAGUGUACCUGCCUAACAAGCAACGCACAGUGGUGACUGUCCGGGAUGGCAUGAGUGUUUAUGACUCUUUGGACAAGGCCCUCAAGGUGCGGGGUCUCAAUCAGGAUUGCUGCGUGGUCUACAGACUAAUCAAAGGAAGAAAGACAGUCACUGCCUGGGACACAGCCAUUGCACCCCUGGAUGGUGAAGAGCUCAUUGUGGAGGUCCUAGAAGAUGUGCCACUGACCAUGCACAAUUUUGUACGAAAGACAUUCUUUAGCUUGGCCUUCUGUGACUUCUGCCUUAAGUUUCUGUUCCAUGGCUUCCGCUGCCAAACCUGUGGCUACAAGUUCCACCAGCAUUGUUCCUCCAAGGUCCCCACAGUCUGCGUUGACAUGAGUACCAACCGCCAACAGUUCUACCACAGCAUCCAGGAUUUGUCUGGAAGCUCCAGGCAGCAGGAAGUUCCCUCAAAUCUCUCUGUGAAUGAGCUGCUAACCCCCCAGGCUCCCAGCUUUUUCUCUAUCAGCCCCUGCACCCAGCCCCGUGACCUGGAGCACUUCUCCUUCCCUGCCCCUGCCAACCCCCCACUGCAGCGCAUCCGCUCCACAUCUACUCCUAACGUCCACAUGGUCAGCACCACAGCUCCCAUGGACUCCAGCCUCAUGCAGUUCACUGCUCAGAGCUUCAGCACCGAUGCUGCUGGUAGAAGUGGUGAUGGAGCCCCCAGGGGUAGCCCUAGCCCAGCUAGUGUGUCCUCAGGGAGGAAGUCCCCACAUUCCAAGUCACCUUCAGAGCAGCGAGAUCGGAAGUCCUUGGCAGAUGAAAAGAAAAAAGUGAAGAACCUGGGGUACCGGGACUCAGGCUAUUACUGGGAGGUGCCACCUAGUGAGGUACAGCUGUUGAAGAGGAUCGGGACAGGCUCUUUUGGCACUGUGUUUCGGGGGCGUUGGCAUGGCGACGUAGCUGUGAAAGUGCUCAAGGUGGCCCAACCUACUGCUGAACAGGCCCAGGCCUUCAAGAAUGAGAUGCAAGUGCUCAGGAAGACACGACAUGUCAACAUUUUGCUGUUUAUGGGUUUCAUGACCCGCCCAGGGUUUGCUAUCAUCACACAAUGGUGUGAAGGUUCCAGCCUAUACCACCACCUACAUGUGGCUGACACGCGCUUUGACAUGGUCCAGCUCAUUGAUGUGGCCCGGCAGACUGCCCAGGGCAUGGACUACCUCCAUGCCAAGAACAUCAUCCACCGAGAUCUCAAGUCCAACAAUAUCUUCCUACAUGAGGGGCUUACAGUCAAGAUUGGUGACUUCGGCCUGGCCACGGUGAAGACACGGUGGAGUGGGGCCCAGCCCUUAGAGCAACCCUCAGGGUCUGUGUUAUGGAUGGCAGCUGAGGUGAUCCGUAUGCAGGACCCGAACCCCUACAGUUUCCAGUCGGAUGUGUAUGCCUAUGGGGUUGUGCUGUAUGAGCUUAUGACCGGCUCAUUGCCCUAUAGCCACAUCGGCAGCCGUGACCAGAUCAUCUUUAUGGUGGGCCGUGGCUAUCUGUCUCCGGACCUCAGCAAAAUCUUCAGUAAUUGCCCCAAGGCCAUGAGGCGCCUGCUGUCUGACUGCCUCAAGUUCCAGCGGGAGGAGCGUCCCCUAUUUCCCCAGAUCCUGGCCACGAUCGAGCUACUGCAGCGGUCACUCCCCAAGAUUGAGCGGAGUGCCUCCGAACCCUCCUUGCACCGCACCCAGGCUGAUGAGUUGCCUGCCUGCCUUCUCAGCGCAGCCCGCCUUGUGCCUUAGGCGCCACUCCCAGCCACCAGGGAGUCAAUUUCAGCCUGCUAUGCCAAGGCACCCCUUCUUAUCAGCCAGUCAUUGUUCUGCCUCUGCCUUGAUACUGCCUCAGGAUUCCCUAUCCCAUACCCUGGGAAAUUUGGGGAAACCCCCAAAGACUGAGAUUCCCCUGCUUCCUCCAUAAUUUGGUUUCCUCUUGGUUUUGGGGGUAUUUCUAAUUUGGAGAACUGUUUCAUCUUCAAUGGCUGGGAUUCAUGGCAACGAUUCUACUCAGAACCUCUUUCUAAAGUUUUUGCUUGACAUGUCUUCACUGGAUUUUGGGGUUCCCAGCACCCCAUAUGGAUUUGGAAGUUUCCCUUUGUCUCCCCCACUAUUCAAGGAUUCUCUUUACCAAGAAGCACAGAAUUCUGCUGG